UUUGAAAUAUUGGCAAGCAGCUGAGACUAAAAGCGACCGAGAGUGGCAAUGGUAAUGGCAAUGGAAGAAGAUGAAAAGCAACAAGAGGCGGUGUUGGUGACACCGGGCGAAGUUCUUGGAAGAGUCUCUGACAUCAAACCAGGGAGAGGCGCAUACGCUGCGCUUCACAACGAAACCGUUUACGCCUCCCUCACCGGUUUCCGCCGCACCUUAUCUCCCUCCCCUGAUUCCUCUGACCAGCGACCAACAGUUGAAGUAACGGGUCACAAGGCCCAUGGACCUGUUCCCCAGCCUGGCUCUAUUGUCAUUGCACGGAUCACUGAAGUGAUGGCUAAGACGGCAUCGGCUGAUAUUAUGUGCGUUGGUCCAAAGUCGGUUCGGGAAAAAUUUACCGGCAUCAUAAGGCAGCAAGAUGUUAGAGCAACUGAAAUUGAUAAAGUAGAUAUGCAUCUCUCUUUUCAUCCUGGUGACAUUGUUAAGGCUCUUGUGCUUUCGCUUGGGGAUUCACGUGCAUACUUUCUUUCAACUGCAAAGAAUGAACUUGGUGUUGUUUCUGCAGAAAGCAUUGCUGGGGCAUGUAUGGUUCCAGUAAGUUGGACAGAGAUGCAGUGCCCAUUAACAGGCCAAAUUGAGAACAGAAAGGUUGCAAAGGUUGCAAGCUGACAAGAAUACUAAGGUCCUGUAGAAAUCUUCUAACAAGUUUUCUUGUUAUAGUGGUAAGUUAUAUUCGGGUAAUUCUUGGUAACCAUACAAGAGCCCUAGUUUGCACUCUAUGUUACCAAUUGUUUUAACAUUGUAAGUAGCAGGAGAGCAGGGCAAUAUUCUCCCCCUUUUUUGUUCUGUUUUUAAGGACCUAAACUUAUGAAGUCUCAUUUUUAUAGUA